CUGAUACUUUACAGCUAACAUCCACAUCAGAGACUAAUACCCGUUUCGAUGUCCUUGAACAGUCGGUAGUCUAGUUGCAGUGUGAUAUCGGCGUUGCAUCUGUGUCUUUGAGAAAGAGGCGGACACAUCUUGCAUGUGCUGCCUAGACGCUAGCCUUCUACAGCCGCCCAUCUACCUAGGUUCCCAAAUAUACAUAUUCCUCCACGACCGCCCGGAAACAUCAUACGAAAAGGAGUAAGAGACUAUGGCGGCUGUAGAAGUUUGCAACGAAAUGGCGUCGUCCAGGUCCACAACACUACCAUCACCCCAUCAAAUCCCACCAGCUCCAGCAAUGUCGACCAAUCCAGCAAGAUCGAACCAGACAAGCCAGACAACUUUAACCCCACCCCAACUCGAAGCGCGGACCAUACUCACACAUCUCCUAACGCGGCUCUCCCAGCCAAAAGAUGACGAUACCGCCACGAACCCACGUUACGACGAGUACUCCGCAUGGAUCAAUCAGCAUAGCAUCCCCACCCUGACCACCUCUCUCUACUCCAUGAUCCGGCCCCAACUCUGGACUUUGCUUUCGUCCCGACUAUCUCUCGAUGCCCUGAAACAUGUUGGCGGCGACUUGCGGCUUGAGACUCGAGGUGCUAUUUACUUCAACGGCAUCCUUGGCGUUGACAAGCGUCUGCGCAUGUACGUGGGACAGAGUGGCAAUCUGAGGCAGAGAGUGGCUCAGCACUUGAACUUUAGAUAUCGUAGAGAUCAUUUUAGCUUGCAUUACUAUGCGCUUGAGUGGAGUGUGUAUAAUGUAUUUGGGGUGUGUGCUGUUUUUCCUCCUGCUCCUUCUUCUUCUUUUUCUUCUUCUUCGUCUUUGGUGGUGGGCAUGGAGAGGUCCGAUUUGGUGAUGAAUGUGCUGGAGAUGUGGAUGUGUCUUGUUUUUAGGUCGUUGCCCUCUGAUACACUGCAGGAAUGGCUGCCAGAUGACGAGCUCGUUGAUAAAGGGAGAAAGACGGCAAAGGAGGGGGUGGUAGGGGGCUUGAACGUUGCUACUCCGCUUGAUCAGGGUGUUGAAGUCAAGGAUAUGCCGUUUGUGGAUCUGAGUGGAGAAUUGGAUCCUGUUAUACGGGACUAUCUUAGGGAAGUGAAGAGGAGGAAAGGCGACGUGCAACAAGUGGAGAAUGUGAAGAUCACAGAUGGGGCGGUGGAGGUGGACGAAGAAGAGAGGGCGCUGAGGAAGAAGAUGUAUGCGGAGAAGGCUAGGAGGUACAGUAAGAGGAGAGAAACUGAUAUUGUUAUUCCGCAGUGGGUGUUCCUUGGUGCUGUGGCAGUGGGUGUUGGAGUUUCAUUGUUCAGGAGUAGUGGAGGGCCGGGGAGUAGCGCGCGGUGGAGGUAGGGACUCUGAUUUUGCUACGAAAGUCGAAUGAAGCUGAUCUUAUCACUCGUGUUGUACUGUAUAGUAUAGGGUUGUAGCUAAGAUUGAGUGUUCAACACACUAUCUGGUACAAUCGAAGGCCAGCAAAAUCUUGUUCAAAACUGUUCUAGCUGCAUUGUAGGCGAUGAUAGAAACGGUCACGAUGUGGACUGCUGUUUCUAGAGUCGGGCAGUCACUCUCUUUCGAAGGUAUCUGUGCGUAGGUAUGAUGGAUGUAUUACCGAACUUGAAA